CGCGAGGGUCAUGCGCACGCUGAGCGCCCCACUCGCGUCGCGCGCGCCGGGCCUCACCGCCCGCGCGCGCGUGACGCCGCGCCGCGGCGCGCGAACCGCCGCUCCGGUUCGCGCCGCCCUCGACAAACACGGCCGGAGGGACUACUACGCGGAAAACUACGAGUACUACAAGGACAAGGAGAUCACCAACGCGAUGUUGGUCGGCGCGCUCGUCCCCGCGGUCGCCAGCUGCGCCGCUUCGUUCCAGCUGGCGAUGUCCGCGGAGGCGACCGCGGCGUGGUUCAUGUCCGCGGCGGGUUUCGCGGAGGAGGUCGAGAUCCUCGACAUGGAAUACAGCACGGGCCUCGCCCUGAGGUCCGCGCCCCCCGUGGCGGUGGAUGAUAAGGCUUACGACAUGGACGGCGACGAUUUCUACGACUGCGAGAUCAUGAGCAUCAGGUGCGCCGCGUGAGGCGCGCUCGGCCCGUUGUCAAGAAAAAACCAAAAUCAACAACCAAAGCACUCAUCGAUUAUUCAAAAGUUUCCAUUCCACUUGGAUGCCUGUACGAGUAUGGCUAAAGCGCGGUGCGCCGGCGCCGCGAGCGCGAGCAAAUUUCUCUAGCGUUUGAGAUUGUAACCAAAUUGUAACCAUCGUUUCGU